GGUCGGUCCUCGCUCUCGAUAUCAGCCGGCCUCCAGUAUGGCAUGGCAUCUCACUGAGAGCCUGUUUUCGAGCCAAGCCUCGCAGACGGAGCACACCAGAACAUGCCGGCACUGCUGGACCAGCCCGCCGAGCCCGCGCCGGUCGUGAACGGGGUCGCCGACGAGGCCCCGGACCGCGCAGCCGCCAAUGGCACCAAUGGCACGCGCACGCCGCCGCCGCCAGACACGGCCGAGUCCACCGCCCACGGCACCCCCCGGCCGCACACCCCCCGCACCCCGAGCCUCAAUGGCCUGUCCCUGACCGAGUAUAGCGCCAAUCCGUCGCCGCCGUCCGAGGACAAGACGGUGCGCGCCAUCAGGACCGUCCCCGAGGAGUUUCUACUCCCUAGCGGCUACCCUGACUACCUCCGUCUGAUCCUCACCUCCAAGGUCUACGAGGUCUGCAGCGAGACGUCCAUCACGACCGCCGUCAAUCUCAGCAAUCGCCUCGAGUGUAAUGUACUGCUCAAGCGCGAGGACGAGCAGCCCGUCUUCAGCUUCAAGCUGCGCGGCGCCUACAACAAGAUGGCCCACCUGGACCGCUCAAAGUCGUGGCGCGGUGUCGUCUGCUGCUCCGCCGGCAACCACGCACAGGGUGUGGCCUACUCGGCGCGCAAGCUCAAGAUCCCCGCCACCAUCGUCAUGCCCGAGGGCACCCCCAGCAUCAAGCACCUCAACGUCUCGCGCAUGGGCGGCCACGUCGUGCUUCACGGCCCGGACUUUGACGCGGCAAAGGAGGAGUGCGCGCGCCGCGAGAAGGUCGACGGCCUGAUCAACAUCCCGCCCUUCGACGACCCCUACGUCAUCGCCGGCCAGGGCACCAUCGGCAUGGAGCUGCUGCGCCAGACGAACCUGCAGCGCCUCGAGUCCAUCUUCUGCUGCGUCGGCGGCGGCGGCCUGAUCGCCGGUAUCGGCGUCUACGUGAAGCGCAUCGCGCCGCACGUGCGCAUCAUUGGCGUCGAGGCCCACGACGCCAACGCCAUGACGCAGUCCCUGGCCAAGGGCGAGCGCGUGCUGCUCAAGGACGUCGGCCUGUUCGCCGACGGCGCCGCUGUCAAGACGGUCGGCGAGGAGACGUUCCGCAUCUGCCGCGAGGUCAUCGACGAGAUGGUCGAGGUCACCACCGACGAGGCCUGCGCCGCUAUCAAGGACAUCUUUGAGGACACGCGGUCCGUCGUCGAGCCUGCGGGCGCGCUGGCCCUCGCGGGGCUCAAGAAGUGGGUGGCCAGCAACCCGUCGGGCGAUGCCAAGCGCUCGCUCGUCGCCAUCACGAGUGGCGCCAACAUGAACUUUGACCGACUCCGCUUCGUGGCCGAGCGCGCCAACGUCGGCGAGGGCCGCGAGGCCCUCCUGUCGGUGCGCAUCCCCGAACGGCCGGGCUCCUUCGCGGAGCUGAUCAAGGCCGUCAUGCCCAACAACGUGACCGAGUUCACGUACCGCUACGCCGACGACUCGGCCGCCAACAUCCUCCUGGGCCUGUCCCUGAGCGGGCCUGCGACACAGCGGGCCCAGCAGCUGCAGAGCCUGAUGCAGCGCAUCUCCGAGGCCGACAUGGAGGUGACGGACCUGUCUGGCGACGAGCUGGCGAAGAGCCACGUUCGCUACCUCGUGGGCGGGCGGUCCAACGUCCCCAACGAGCGGCUGUACAUGUUUGAGUUCCCCGAGCGGCCCGGGGCGCUCGAGAAGUUCCUGGCCACGCUGCGGCCGCGCUACAACAUCAGCCUGUUCCAGUACCGUAACUACGGUAGCGACGUCGGCAAGAUCCUGGCCGGCAUCCAGUGCCCCGACGCCGAGGUCGGGGAGCUGGACAAGUUCCUCAGGGCCAUCGGCUACCCGUGGACCGACUGCACCAGCUCCGACCUGUUCAAGACGUUCCUCCGUGCGAACUAGGCGGCGGCCUAGGAGUAGGGUCUGACUUUUUACGGGAGAGUGGAGAGGUGUUCUAUUUUAUCUAGCCCGGGUGAGUCUGAGGUCUAGCUUAGAGACUUUUGUUGGUGUUCCAACCAUGUCUGGCGUAAAUCUUGGUUGGGUUUCUACUUGUUAAUCUUUUGCAACAUUGAUCUGGCGUUUUUCGGGUUGCGUGUCCAUUUUCUGAUAGAGGCUGGAUCAAGGAUUAGAACACGUAUAAAACAAUAUAACGAGUUAAAAGAAGAACCCAUAGACAUCCCAUUACAUUCCUGCCUCCCAGGUCAGCAGUCACAGCCGACGACCCUUGCCGCGGCCAAGCGAGAGCCACUACCCUG